AUGGCCGGGGCGGAGGCCGUUGCGGGGAGGGAGGAAGCCUCCGAACGGGCCAACCAAGACAAGAGGCCUUCCCAUGCUUUGCGAGCGCGAUGGACCUCACCGGCAAUCCUUUACUUGUCUUCCUGCUUCUCCCCAUACGACAGCAUUAACCUCCUCCCUCCUCCUCCUUCCCUCCUCCCUCGGCCCCGCGACAGCCGCAGUUUUGCAGCCAUCAUAAUCAACGAUGAGCGUGAGGACCCCCUGGCCACUGUCAGGAAGCUGAUUCCACUUAUCACCAAGAGCAUUGCCAACAGCAAUGAGAUCAAAAGCCUGGCCUUGAUGAACUCUAGGUUUGAACUUGAUUUUGAGUUGAGGUUGGCUUUGCUUGAGCUGGGAAACGACCCACCCCCAUCUCAGGACGAUGAGCGACUGUCGAGAUACGUCCACCCUCUUCUUGAGGUGCUUGGGGAUCUUGUCAGAGAGGACAAAGACCACCACUUGAAGGCGGGAGAUCCCCAUCAAAGACUCCGAACUGCACUCGCGCGAGCCUGUCGCGACGAAGCGGGUUCGCCAGAGCUGUCUUUGAUACGACUUCCACGCACAGUAAAAGAUCUCGGAGCGAUGGCGCAAAAGAUGGCGAGUUUCAGAAAAGCUAAUGCCGACGUCCAGUCGGAUCUGGGGUUAGACCGGGACUGCACCAGCACACAUCAUCAAAUGACGACUCGAGAGGGAUCCCACAUCGACAAAUUUCAUGAAAGCGACGGAGCAAACAAGCAUCACAACGUCAGGGGAUCCGAACCUUGGUCUUCGAGAAAUGUGCAAGACCCGAAUCGUUCAGCAGACUCCAAAGUGCCACCACCCCCCUCUGAGCUCCAACAGACCGACCGGACGGAGCCACAGAGGCAGCCACCAUACGAGCAGAUCACGGCCGAAGAAUUCAUAGGUCAGGCUCAAACAUUCUACAAUGGCAAGAUCAGGCCGCUGGAGAAAAAGAAGGCAAUCAAGGUUGCCGUCCUCGACACUGGAGUGGACAAGGGGGCGGUACACUUCCGGCUGGCGCGAAGGUCCACAGGGCAACACGGCACAUCACUCAAAGGUGUAAAGUCAUUUGUUGGAGGCGAGUCUCACGACGCUUUUGGGCAUGGCACAAGAGUAGCCGCCUUGAUUGUGCAAAUGGCGCCGCACGUAGACCUCUACAUCGCCAAGAUUUGUGUUGGCAAAGAAGUAAUUGGUGUGGACCAGUACGUCGAGGAUGCCAUCUCAAAGGCGGAAGCUGAGGGUAUCAUCGUCUUCGCUGCGGCCUCCGACGACGAGGCGAACAAGCCAAGGGCCAUCCCCGCAAGUAUGGACAAGGUACUGGCCAUUCAUGCGACGGACGGAAAUGGGAAUCCUUGCAAAGGAAACCCCGACCCGGUGAAGCAUUGUGCUAACAUUAGCACCUUGGGGGAGAGCAUUGCUUCGCCACUCAGAGAGAACAAGCUGCUUUCAGGGACGUCCUACUCUACAGCCAUCGCUUCUGGAAUGGCAGCUAACAUCUUAACCCUCGUGGAUGCAUGUUUCGGUGAAUGGGAAGAGGACAAGAGACUACGCCGCCGAGCAUUUAGAAGGGAAGGAAUGAGACGGAUAUUACUCGAGGCUUCUGGAAUUCGGCACGGCUAUGAUUACUUCUCUUCGGGCCUGAGUACCCGGCGGUUGAUCGGGGUUGUUGCUGUGACCGAGGGGUGGUUGUGGCUCCCGACACGAAAGUGA